AAAUAUGUCACUUUUCAAGGGUAGUAUAGCUGAACUCCACCCCUCCCAAUCCUUGGCUUACCCUUUCAUAACCCCAUAAACCCUUGAACCACAUCAACUAUGGUGCUAAAUCCUGCAACAAUUUCGCGUAGAACUCCACUCUUGUUCAAAUUCGCGGGCUUCCCUUUCAAACCCAUUUCUCGUUUCGCUAACCAGGCCAAAAUCCCCCUGAACCCAUUUCAAAUUGGUGGUUUCAAGAGCUGUUCUUCGUGCAAUUCUCGACCAUUGUCUUUGAAUUAUACUCGUCCGAGUGUGUUUAAAGAUUUGGGUUUUGAAAAAACUGGGUAUAGACUAUUGGGCAUUGAUCAUUUUCGAGUUUCAGCUGUUUCGGAUGGUGGGUCUGGUGGGUCUGGUGGGAGGGGAGGGUAUGGGAGUUCUGGUGGCGGGAAUUCAGGUGAUGGUGGUAGCAGCGGCGGUGGUCGGAGUGACUGGUCCUUGCUUUCAUGGUAUUUGACUCUUCUUGAGAAGCACCCUGUGUUGACGAAGGCUGUGACAUCUGCAUUUCUGACUUUCAUUGGAGAUCUAAUCUGUCAGGUUAUGAUUGAUCAAGUGCCAUCACUAGACCUGAAGAGGACGUUUUUAUUCACUCUGUUGGGGCUGGUUUUGGUGGGUCCCACAUUGCAUUUCUGGUAUUUGUCUUUGAGUAAACUGGUCACAUUGCCUGGUGCAUCAGGUGCUUUCUUGCGGCUUCUACUUGACCAGUUUCUUUUUUCUCCUCUAUUCAUUGGACUUUUCCUAUCUACGCUGGUAACUCUUGAGGGGAGGCCGUCGCAAGUGGUGCCAAAGCUUCAACAAGAGUGGUUCUCUGCUGUCCUUGCAAAUUGGCAAUUGUGGAUACCUUUUCAAUUUCUCAACUUCCGAUUUGUACCACAGCAAUUUCAGGUCCUUGCUGCUAAUGUUAUUGCUUUGGUAUGGAAUGUAAUUCUCUCGUACAAAGCUCACAAAGAGGUGCUCCCAAAAUAGGUAUUAACUUGGCAUGGAAAUUAUGAGAUUUUGGAGAGGUUUAGGAUCAAGAAAGAGGGGGAACAAAGUCAUUGGAUCAUUCAAGUAUAGAGUGUUCUUGCAAUCUUUUAAUGCUGUGGAUUUAUUAGAUAAUUACUAGUGUUUCAAGCCGAGAUGUCUCUUUUCCAAUUAAACAAAGUUUUAGCACUCUGUUUGGAUUGUGGAGGUUAAAAAAGAAAACAGAUGAUUGUGGUAACGUAUUUAGGUGAGAAACAAGAAGAAAUUAUGAUGUUUUCUCACUAUCAUGUUUGGAUUGUUUUCUCA